UGCUGCAGCGUCAUGGUCCCGGAGCGCGCGCCCAGCCGGGCGACGGUGAGGAAGCAGCUCGCGCUCAUGCUGCUCUCGGCGCUCGCGACCCUCUGCGUGCUGCAGAGCCUAGCUGUGACGUCUGCGCGCGCGCCCUCUGAGGUGGCGGCUGGAGGCGCGCGGUGGAGCGCUCGCAGGACGCUGCUGAGGCCGGACGAUGACGGAGCCAAGCGCCUGCCCCAGGCCCUCAUCAUCGGCGUGAAGAAAGGGGGCACGCGCGCGCUGCUCGAGUUCCUCCGCGUGCAUCCGGACGUCCGCGCGGUGGGAGCGGAGCCGCACUUUUUCGACCGCAACUACCAGAACGGGCUGCAGUGGUACAGAGAUCUGAUGCCUAAGACCCUGGAGGGCCAGAUCACCAUGGAGAAAACCCCCAGCUACUUUGUAACCCGUGAGGCUCCAGCCCGGAUCUACGCCAUGUCCCGGGACACCAAGCUGAUUGUGGUGGUAAGGGAUCCCGUCACUCGGGCCAUCUCAGACUACACCCAGACACUGUCCAAGAAGCCGGACAUUCCCUCCUUUGAAAGUCUGACCUUCAAAAACAGGACUACGGGUCUGAUCGACACCUCAUGGAGUGCCAUCCAGAUUGGUAUCUACGCCAAGCAUCUGGACAACUGGCUGCAGUACUUUCCCAUGCGUCAGAUUCUGUUCGUGAGCGGAGAGCGGCUGAUCAGCGAUCCUGCCGGAGAGCUGGGUCGCGUGCAGGACUUCCUUGGGCUCAAGAGAAUCAUCACAGACAAACACUUCUACUUCAACCAGACCAAGGGCUUCCCCUGCCUCAAGAAGGCCGAGGGAAGCAGCAGACCCCACUGCCUGGGCAAAACCAAAGGGCGGACUCACCCCAACAUCGACCCUGAGGUAGUGCAGAGGCUCAGAGACUUCUACAGGCCCUUCAACAUGAAGUUCUACCAGAUGACUGGGAGGGUUUUCGGCUGGGACGACUGACCAAGGAAAUGGUUCAAGGAAAGACCAUACACUGUGAGAUAUGCUUGUGGUCACACUUUUAUUAGAAAAACUAUACUAAUGCAAGGGGAAUUAACGUCCUUUAAGUGUUCAUCAAUCUCAUCAGCAACAGAGACGUGUACUGUGCUUCAUUCUGGGAAAUACCUGCCACCUCACCAUCCUAGUCUGAUAAUUCAGACAAGUACUCACUGGAGUCUUGGAUGGCCCAAACACUGCAAAUUUACUGUUUACCCUGCUCUACCACAGCUUAUUUAACUCAAUAAUGGUGUUUUACAUUUGCAUAUUUAUUGGACAUUUAUUGGAUUUGGCAGAUGCUCUGGUGCAUAGUGAUGUGAAUUACUGUAAGUUCUUCUUAUGCUAGUCUAAAGGUACUAAAAGGUAUCAAGGUUAUAGCAGAAAGUGCCAGUAUAUUAGCAUAUGGGUGCUCAAUCCUGGUACUGGAGAUCUACCACUCUAGAGAGUUCAGGUUCAACCCACCUGGCUCUAUUGUUUAGAUUCCCCUGUAGGCAUUCAUUACCUGGAUCAGGUAUGUUAGACUACACUUAAAGUUAAACUCUGCAUGUUCGUAGAUCUCCAGGAUCAGGACUGGGCACCCCUGUAUUAGCAUAUCAUUGCUGUUAUACUCUCUAUAAAAUAAAGGUCCAGUGAAUGAUUCUUUGUAGCAGCACACAGAAGAUCCACUUUUGGCUCCCUAUAAGACCUACUGAAGGCUGGAUUUCCAUUCAAAUGUGUCACAAAUGUUACAUGCAUUUAAGAAAUUUCGGCAGAACAAAAGCAAAUGAAGUCAUGCUUCCAGUACAAUCAUGCAAAUAAACUUUAGAUGAUGUAGGUUACCAUGAUUAGGGGCUCCGUCAAGAAUUAUCUUUACAGCCAUUUGCCAUCUUUUUAUGAUUGUUUACAGCUCAGAGACACUGGGCAGGAUGAGAAAAGGCUCACUGAAGGCUAAAAUCUCUGUGCCAUCCUGACAAUGUCCACUAUACAUUUGGGAAUGAAAAAGCACCAGACAAUUCUGCAGUCUGCAAAGCCAUUAUUCAAAGAGCUUUGGAUUAGGCAUUUCGGAAAGCUUAAAAUGACCUUCAAAAAAGCUAUGCACCAUGAUCGGACCAUCUGAAGGGCCAUUUUUUGCACACUUAUGGCUUGAUAUGUCAUUGUUUAUUGAAAAACGCCUUUUCCAUCACUCUUUUUCGCAUUUCGGCUUUAGCAAUAUUCUAACUUUUCUACCUCGUCCUAGCCUAAAACUCUUUGUAAUAUUUGGGUGAUUUUUUUUUCCAAAUUUUGGGCGUUGUCCAUUUAUGGUUUUUUGCACAUUUUACAAAAUUCACAUUCACAAAACUACUAAUAAAUUGUUCUUUGGAGAACCAUUUUUGAAAAUCAGAUAUGUGACUGAAGAAGUUUAAAAAGCCUACACAUAGUUACUAGGAAGAGCCCUUCAAUGGUUAUAAGACCCUUACAUUACGUAACCUUUAAAAAGCUGGAAAGUUACCAUUUUGCCACCGAACACCACACAAUCACCACCCCUAGGUUAAAUGCUGUAUGUUGUAAGUUAGUGGUAGGAGAGGUGAGCCAGUAACUGGAAAGUUAGGGGUUCAAAUCCCAGGACUGAUGGGGUUAAAUAUCUGGUUGUACCCUUGGGCAAGCCACUUAACCCUCCCUAAAGCCUCAGGUGCCCUCCAGGCAACACUGUGCUGCUCUCAUCCUGCACAUAGAUAGACAAAUUAUGCAAAUUUUCUUUUGUAAGACCAAUAAAGUACAUAACAUGUGUAAAGCAAGAAGAACAGUAAUGCUGCAGUGUGUGGACACCCAGGACUGGAGCUUGACACUUACUCUAACGUGCUGAAAAGGAGAUGUGGGAAUAACCGAGAGACUGGACCUAUCAGGACAUCGUGAGAAACAGUUAUAGAACAUUUCUAAGGAACUAUGCAUCGAAUCUCGGUGGGUUAUGAACUAUGAAACUUCCAGUGCAAAUCCAGUUUGUCCAGUUUGGCCAUAUUUUAAGAACUAUCAAGCUGCUUGCACAGGUUUGCAACUUUUUAAAAGAAAAGAUGAAAAGAAAUUAUUUUUUAAAAGUUAUUUAUUUAAGAAGAAUGCUGUACACAUAUAUAGUGUAGCUAUUUUAAAUAACCUUCACUGAGAUCUCUCCUCGUCUGUAUUUUAUACCUUAUAACUCAACUGUCUUUUUCUGACCAUUUAUUUCUGUAGGUAUUUAGCUGUGACACCUUGUAUUGUAGUUUUCACUUUUCUUUUUUCUCAUCUGGCAUUCUAGUCACUUUUGAGUUGAUUCUUAUGCCAGCUACUAUAUUUCUUUUACAGCUAGUGCAGUGUGAGAAAUGGAGGCAUGGCAGAAGCUCAGUGUUCAGAGUCAUUCAACUGAACACAGUGGAUUUUACUGUCCCAGUCUGUCUUCUUGUCUCCCUCGGAGGGUCUGGGUUGCGUUGAACAAAGCCACUUGUGUAGUUGUUUCUAUUAUAUUAUUUUCAAUUGUCAAGCUUUCAAAAGCCUGUUUUUUAAUGCUGCUGUGUAAAUCCUGUCUGGAUGUGGAUGGAUCUGUUUGUGUGUGUGUGUGUGUGUGUGUGUGUGUCUGUGGGCCCUGUGUGUGUGUGUGUGUGUGUGUGUGUCUAUUGUGCCUCAUUUUGCAGCCUUUUCAGUAGCAGUUUCAAGACAGCAAUGCAACUUUCUUCCACUGCAGUACCAUCAGUCAUAUAAUAAUGUUUCCUUUGUUUAAUUUAAACCCUGAUGGAUUUUUUUAUAUAAAGCACACUUGUAAUAAAAUGAAAUUAUGUUUAUGAAAAACAAGAACCUGAAAACAAUAUUUUUCUCUCAUACACAUUGCUUUAAUACAAAAAUAGUGAAGUUCAUCUUAAUUUGUGGAAAGAAGUGCCUUCAUUACAAUGAAUUCUAUGAACAUAAGAUUGAGAUUUACUGACUUUAUUAAAGCUAAAAACAUCUAAUUCUUGAAAGGUCAAUAGCUGAUUCACUUUGGUUAGCCAAAUGAUUAUUGAUGGCUUUCCACAUUGCAUGUACAUGGGUUCAUUCUUGGGUUGCUAUGUGUGUUUCUGUCUGUCUGUCUGUCUGUCCAUUUGUUUGUUCAGUAUCAGUUUAAGUAUUUUAAAAAAUCUGCAAGAAUAAUUUUCCAAAGUUCAGUCUCAGAAGUUGGCUACAUUGUUGUUUCUCACAAUCCAGUUAAUCUCAAACACAUUUGAUUUUGGACAAGUUGAGCUCUGUCUAGUUUGUGUUGAAGGGGAAAAGUCUGUGAUUUAGAACAAAUUUGAUUCUUUUUGUCUGUCACCAUUUCUCACUGAGGGCUUCUUCUCCUUUUAGACCCAUAGUAUUAAGGUGUGUUCUCACAGUGGAAGAAUGGACAGAAACACCCAUAGAUUUUUUCAGAAGCAGGAGUGAAGCUUCAUUUUCUCUUGGAAAGCUUUAAGUACGUUGUUAAAAAUAAAGGUUCUGCACAGGUGCACAUUUUUUUCCAUCAAGUUACAAUGUAAAUGUUCCCUCAAAGGUACAGCAGCGGUUUUA